UCAUUUCCUCCUCCUUCAUUCUCAAACCCCUUCUUUCCCAAACUCUAACUUAAUCCCCCUCUCUCUCAUACUUGUGCUCCUCCGUGUAGACCGCCGCUGGCGCCGCCACCUCCACCGUCGCCCGCCGUCACCUCUACCGUCGCCCUCCAUGUAGCCCACUAUACACUCCCCUCACCCUGAAAUAGGUAUUCAUUCAACUUUCUUUGUGUUUUAAAUUCUAGGGUUUAUGUUGGUGAUUUCUAAUUUUUUUGGAAUUGGGUUAAAAUGUUGAUGAGGUUGAGUUGUUAGUGUUAAAAAUGUUGAAUUGUUAGUGUUGGUAUUGUUGAAUUAUUAGUGUUGGUAAUUGUUGAAUUGUUAGUGUUGAUAAUGGUAGUGUUGAUAUUGUUAGUGUUGAUAAUAGUUUGGAUAAUAUUAAAUUGUUGUUGUUGGUUUUGUUGAAAAUUGUUGACAAUGGUUGAUAAUUAUUAGGUUUUGAACAACUGUAAUUACCUACAUUGUUGUGUAAUAAUGGUGAUUUAGGGGUUCUUAGUAGUUAAUUUGUAGAGUAUGUAAAAUUUUUUUGUUUGAUUGUGGUGAUUUAGGGAUGAUUUAACGGCUUUACGUAAAAUGUGUUUUGGUUGUUAUGUAGAAUAUGGCUGGACAAAAUGUAGCGUUGUUAUGUCGAUGGGGAGGUGAAAUUUUGUGUAAUGGAUCAAAUGUGGAGUACAGUGGAGGGAAUAUGGACCUUAUAACACUUGAACCGAACAUGACUGUGAUUGAUCUGAUGAAUGAGGUUCACAGUUGUAUUGGUUCAAACCCUAUGACUGUUGAACUGAACCUUAAAAUGAGGUGUGAUACUGGUCAUGGGGUGCAAGUGUUACCUGUCUCUACGAACAUACAUUUGAAAGGUUUGAGGAGCAUGGUAGGAAUGAAGGGUUUUCCCAAUGAGAUAUAUGUAGAAACAGUGCCUAUAUGUACCCAACAAAGUACUCGGGCAGAACAGUAAGCUACAUAUGUCUCUGAUUACAACACCGCGUCCUUCCAAGAGCCCGCAAACCACAUUCCAUCGAAUGCAUAUGGGAUGGGUUCUUUCACUCGAAUGAUGCAGGACGACCAAUUUCACUUGCCUUUUAGUUCUCAUAUAGCUUCACCAGUACAUGCGGGGGGACGCGUGACAGUGUUCGGCCAGCCUGCUCCGUCGUCAUCGAACACCGUGGCAUCUUCGCCGAUGCAAUUGCAUAGCUACUCUCCUAUGCAAGGUGAUGAUGGUUCACCGUUUCGAGAAGAGCCAAAUCAUUUUGAUGAUGUUGUGAAUAAUGAAUUGUCGGUGUAUGAUGUGUAUGCGGAAAUGGAUGAUGAGGACGAGAACGGAGAGGGGGAUGAUGAACCUACACAGGUGGAAGAUGGUCAGCCGUUGGUUAGAACUCCCAUACCUUGGUUCAGUGAGGUACCCGAGAACUAUGAAGUUGAUCAGUAUUGGGCCGAAUCGGGUAGCCACACCUCUUUUGUUCCCGGGGGAGAAUUUGAGAAGGGAAUGUACUUUGAGAGCAAGAAACUGCUUCAAGAAAUGGUGAAGAUGUAUUCUAUUCAGAGGAAUCAAUUCUACACCACAGUGACCUCAAAUGAUGGUGUCCUACAUCUGCGAUGCAAGAAGAAAUGUGGUUGGAUGCUACGGGGUACCAAAUCGAGUGAGCACUCACGUGGUUUUACCAUAGUCACGUACAAAGGCACACAUCGGGAGACAUGUAUCAUUGAAGUACUAUCUAAUGAUCACCCACACUUGGAUUCGUCCGUAAUAGCCGAAUAUGUGAAGUCCUUUGUGCGGAAAGAUCCUUCGUUGAAAGUGGAAUUCAUACAGGAACUGAUCUCGAAGCAAUUUCAUUUCGAUGUCCCGUAUCGACGAGCGUGGUAUGCCAAGGAGAAAGCUAUAGCUGAGAUAUUUGGGGAUUGGGAGAGUUCAUAUGGCAGACUUCCCCACUUCAUGCAAGCACUCCUACGGUCGAACCCGGGAACAUGUGUCGUAUGGAAACACAAAGCUUUAGUGGAUGGUGUAUACUACAACAACAUGGAAGUGUUUGAACGAGUGUUUUGGGCCUUCGGUCCUUGUAUCAAUGGCUUUAAACAUUGUAUGCCUGUUAUCUGUAUCGAUGGGACGCACUUGUACGGGAAGUAUAAAGGAACACUGUUGGUUGCUACGAGUGUUGAUGCAAGCUUCCAAGUAUUUCCUAUUGCAUUUGCGGUGGUUGAAGGGGAAAACACUUCCAGCUGGUCUUGGUUCCUAGGUUGUAUUCGAGAUCGUGUCACGCAACGGGAUGGCCUUUGUGUUAUUUCUGAUCGGCAUCCUGGGAUCAUUGCAGCAAUGAAUGAUCCUAAUGUCAUAUUUAACAUAGUUUUGUGUUUUGGUUUUGAAGCUAUGGGCUUGGGAGCACAUCCACGUAGGAAGACCAGGUAGGCCUGCUGUACAUCGUCCGGGGCAGCAGGACCAGGAUGACCAGUAUGAGCCGUACAUCGCUCCGCCUCGCCCUGCAGCUGAUGAGGCUUACGGUUGCAGGUGGAUGGUCCCCAGACUCACACAGGCACAUGCGGCGACGGGUCUCCCAUACUACCGAGACGCCCUUGAUCGACUCACUGAGGAUCAGGUACAAACUCUGAAGACAUUUGUAAUCAUUUAGGUACUGUGUAUACUGAUUGUGGACUAACUUAUUUAGGAUGUGUUAUUGCAGAUCACAUGGGAUCCGUAUGUACCGGAGUUGGUAGAUGUCAUGCCUGCACAUCUACUGGAGCAUCAGGGAGAGUGGCGUGCCCGGGUCCCCCUGAUCUGUUUCGAGGUUGUGGAGAGUCACCUACCUGACCGCGUCAUGCGACAGUUCGGACUGCAGCAGCCUAUUCCCCAGAACUAUGACAUUGUCGUGCGCCUUCACGACAUUGACCGUCGGGGAAAGACGGAGACAAACUAGGCACUGGAGCAUUGGCAGUAUCUUCAGCUAUGGGAGCAGCGGUUGGGUCAUGUCGCUCAGGGUUAUCCCAUGCAGGGCGUUAUGGAUCAUGACGAUCCGUACAUGGUGUGGUAUAGGCUUAUCACACGCCGUUUCAUUAACCCCAGCUACACACCACCGUCCACCCAUUACCACCCGGCACAUGACGUCAUUAGCGGAUAUGUGAGUUUCUUUUACUAUACUUAUCAUCCACAUUUUUUAACUUUUUUAAAUAUCAUGUACUUGACUGAUCGAUGAUUACUACAGGCGGCGGAUAUGGUGGCGAUGUAUGAUGCAUUGUCCCUCGCCCUUACAGACGGACCCACCAGAGCCCAGGUCCAGCGGAUGCGAGAUAUGUCCGCGACUUCCUUACGCAGACAUGGUCACGGUCAUCUCAUCCAACAGCGGGACGGUGAUGAUGGUCACUCCAUCCAUUCGCGGUUCGACCCCGGCCAGAGUAGCAGUGGAGGUGAUCCUACGUCGCACACAGAGGCAGAGGAGUACAUCUUCCACAGUUCUGCACCCUUCAGAACCCAGGAGGACGCAUCGUCCAGCCAGCUCACUCCCCCCCCCCCCGCGCCGAAACCCAUUCACCACCAUUCACCAUUACACUCGGCGUCGUCCAAGACGAAGGGACGACAGUGAGGCUAGGGAAGGGUUACACCAAAUUGAUGAGUAGUGAACGUAUUGUAUCAUUGUUUUGUCCUUUUUCCUGGAAUGCUGUAUAUAACGAUUGCAUUAUCAAUAUAAGACAUGCUGGUUGAAUGAAUCUGUUUGUGUUUUGAAGUUUUGUUUGCUUAUUUAUCCAAAUCGGAUUUAUGUCAGUCAAAAUAGAUCCUUCAGGGCUAAUGUACAUUAAACAACAGACAUUUGGAAUCCAUAGUCGAAAAUGGGGAAGAAAGGAUGGCCCGUGGUGGUUAAUGUGGUUGUUCAUGGUGGUUUUAGUGUUGUUGGUUGUGGUGGGUGGUUAUCGACGGUUGUUGAAUGGUUGGGGUUGGUGGUGGAGCUGGUUGAAGUGUUGUUGGAGGUCAAAAGUGGUGGCAGAUGGUGGUCGAUGGUGGGGGUUGUUGGUGGAUUGUGGUGGCAAGAAUCAUGGCAGGGGGUGGUGGGUGGGGGCAGAAGAAAGUGGCAGAUCAGUGGCAAAAGGCUGAUUCUGCUGCUGUUUUGCACACCAGCAGAGAAACGCUGUCCCAGACAACGUUUUAGGUUGAAAAUAAGACGCUGUCCGAGACAGCGUUUUAGGUACAAGGAAGUUUGUACAUAAAGCGCUGUCUGGGACAGC